GAGGAUAACCUUUGUCGGAUGCAUCAGAAUAUUCUUGUUAUCACAAACAAGUUGGAGAAGAUUCUUCCACCGGGGUUCUUUGAUAUGAUGGAACAUCUUCCAAUUCACCUUGCAUACGAAACCCGGCUCGGAGGCCCAAUUCAAUAUAGGUGGAUGUAUCCCUUCGAGAGGUCUAUUGGUAAGUUAAAAAGGGCUAUCAAGCAAAAAUCGAAAGUGGAAGGCUCAAUGUGCGAAGUUUAUCUUGCCAAGGAAACAUCCCAUUUCUGUUCUUACUACUUUCGGAACGAUGUGCCUUGUUUGAGAAACAGGCCUAAUCGACACUCUGAUGGAGGUGUGAAUAACUCUUUGUUAAAGGCGAUAUCGAUCUUCGAUCGACCAGGUGAUGGACCCAAAGAACGUGAGAGACUAUUGAAUCAAAUGAAGUAUAAAUCAGCUUCGACACAUAUCUUGUUAAAUUGCCCAGAAGUUCAACCUUAUUAUGAUCUCUUUGUGGAGAUACAUGGCCAAGAAAUAGUGUCCGACCAAUUUGCACCUUGGUUUAACAAUUAUGUUUACAAGAAUCUGUGUGAUUUUCAUAACAAUUUUUGA